AUGGUUGCUCUCCGAUUCCUCCUCGUACUCCUUCCCCUCGCGGCAGCCACGCCGUCCUCGGACUUUGCCGCCAACCCUCUCGUCCGCCGACACUGCUUGGAACCCAAGAAUUGCGGCGCCACCAUCCAAGGAACCACGUGCAAUUUCUGUUGCGCAAAGGAUGUGAAGCCCGACAGCACGCAUUGCAAGUCGACCAAUGCGGCGUGCCAGGCUGAUGGAAAGCCUGACGGUGUGGCUUUCAACUGUGAUGCCGAUUAA